GGACAUUUUAGUCUGUUGCACCCGUACAGAAACAUUGUGGAGCGGCUGAACUGUGCUCGUUCACCAACCAAACCGCUGUUUCCAUCUAAGUUUUGAUGUCGAGAGAGGAGGACACCAACACAAUGGAGCCACAGACGAAACGCUGGAAAGGGUCAGUAUGUGACACAGACUCCUGGGUUGCUUAUCCUGUACUGUCAGAUGAGCAGUCACAAGACGUAGAGCUGAUCGAGGCGUUUGCUGCACCCAUUGUCAACAAGAAAGAGACAUCUCGACUGGUCCGGGAGCUCAACAGCCUCUACCCGUUGAAUGGCCUUCAGCACGUUAAGAGGGUGCGGGCGGUCAAGGAGAAGGGCAGUGCUCACCCUCUGGAAGUCCUUGUGUGCCUCGUCAGUGACGCACCAGACAUGAAGGUUCUCAGCAUCGACUCUCUGCUCCCCUCAGAUGGAGUUAGAAGUGACGGAUUGGGUGAGCCUUUUGUAGUUAGGGUCCCUGCACGUCCCCCCUUAACCCGACCCCAGUUUGAGCUGGCGAGCAAACACUGGCCCACCUCCUUUCAUGAGGACAAGCAGGUGACCGUCGCCUUGAGAGGAGAGCUCUUCAGUCCACCUCAGAAAGCCAGGAUGCACAUGUACAUGAUGUCUGCGCUGACUGCCGCCAAAGCGGGGAAAGAGUUAGGAAUGGAGGCGGUGGGAGCCGUGAUGGUCCACCCAGUAAUGGAGAGAAUCAUCGCAGUGGGCCAUGACUGCAGAGGUGACCAUCCACUUCAUCAUGCAGUCAUGGUCUGCAUUGACCUUGUUGCUCGGAGCCAGGGCGGUGGAUGUUAUUCUUUUGACAGAUACCCUGCUUGCACAUUUACCUCAGACACCUUUCAGAAAGUUCCUGAUGCAGAGGCGAGCUCUCAGCCAUACAUAUGCACCGGGUAUGACCUUUAUGUGACCCGAGAACCCUGUGUUAUGUGCGCAAUGGCGCUGGUACACUCCCGGAUAGGUCGCGUCUUCUAUGGGACUGCCUCUGUUGACGGGGCCUUAGGAACCAAAUAUAAAAUCCACACGCAGAAAGAUUUGAACCAUCGCUUUGAGGUUUACAAAGGAGUCCUGGGAAAGCAGUGUGAGGAUCUUGUGGACGACCAUGUUAAAAUGGAACAUUUACAGAAAAGUAGAUGACUGCUGUAUUAAUUUAAUUAGGGACUGGAGCUGGGGAAUUUUAGUUAUCGCAACUACAGAAAUAAAAAGUUCUACAUACUUUUAAUUAAAGUUUUUAAUCAUGUGGUGUUUGUUGUAUUGAGAGCACGUGCGUAGAUGAAAACCACUAACAAGGUUCUCACUGUAGUGCAGACUUUACUUCAUAUGGAGGUGUUUGACCGUGAGAUUAAAGUUGUAUGAGGCACUUGCAGUAAACAACGGUCAGUUUGGAGAAGCAGACACAAGUCUUGGUAUGGAAGCAAAAAAAACAUUUUUUAGCCACAUAAAUAAGCCCAAAAAUCUAUUUAGUAUACGCUAUAGUGUGCAUUUUCUCAUCACCUUGCUCUCUGCAUUGACCUUGAAAGUACCCAGAAGUCUCAUUGACAUUCCUUUAGCACUACAUUGUCCAAACAUUAGAAUUUAUGUAUUCCUAUGCCUAAGCCCAACUGUGCCAUACGGCGCCAUAGAUCUGAAGGUAAACUUUUUAAAAAGUACAGAAAAUUAUAUUCAUGUUUAAGGGUCAGAAGGGAAGGUUCAGUUUGUAGGUCCAGAUAUGGAAAAAUGCUAACCUGAAUUAUUACUCUCAGAUUUGGUUACUUCUAGACUACUUUCAUACAUACCAGCCUGUGUCACCUGCAGGGAAGAAAAGUAAAAAUGUAAAGCGGUUUAUAACUGCAGGUGUAGAAAUCUAAUAUCGCCACGUACAAAGAAAGUAAUGGCAGCUUGGACAGAAGAGCCACCUGCUGGAAAUGAGUGUCACAGCUGGCUGCAGGUGUUUUCUUUCUUUGUGGACUUCACGUCUGCCAAAUAAAAAAAAACAAACAAAAAAAACAUUGUCACAUUGUUCAGCAGGGGAUAUUGAACACACCUGUAGAAAUCCAAUCCAGCUUGUGGCUUUAACAUGGAAAUAUCUGACAAAUCAAGUUUGGAGAGGCUCAUAUUUUAAUUUGAUGUUUCCAGCCAUCAUAUUAUUCUUGUUUAGUUUGUUGUGAUACUCCACACCCAGUGCAGACAGCCUUUCCUGAUAAGCCUUUGUCAGCGUUCUCAGGUCAAAGGUUUGGUGUCUGCGACAGCUGAGCUUUCUGCUGUCCAAACAGUUCAUGGGAGCAGCUCACAUUGUUGUAAAAGUUGUUCUGUGUUCAUCUGUAGACUAAACAAGUUCUUGAUCAUCUGAGAGAAUGCUCACAUUACUCUUCUUUUGUGGAAAGUACCCAAAAGUCUCACUUACAUUCCUGAAAUCCACUCCCAUUACUGGGAACCACACAAUACAGCACACCAUGAGAGAUGUGAGGGCACGAACAUUUUAAUAAGAUUAAGAACAAGAAAUCUCAAGAGUACUAUGAGCUAUGGCCAAACAAAGCAGGACUAGCUGCCUUGAUGAUAGCAAAAAGUCUAAAGAGAGCAGCUACAUGAACAUAAGAUUAUCACAGAGACACUGUAGACCUCCCUCAGUAAACACUUAACCUGACAACAAUAAUUUGUCUCAUUUCUACAUACAGAACUUUUUCUUUAACAUACAGGACUUAGCAGUCACAAAAUAAAACUGAACGAUGAUGAAGAAAAAAGGAAAAAAAAAAAAAAAGCCUGCCCUGUUU